AUGAGCAGACACAGCGCCACCGCCAGCUUGGAUUCCCACAGCAGCCGCUUCACGUCCAUCGUGGCGAUCGCGAUGUCUUCGGAGGACCACGGCAUGUCCCGCAUGCAGGAGCUGCUGAGCAGCUACUACGGGCUGCAGGACCAGGAGAGCAAGCAGGAGCAGCUGCGCAACAUCGACUCGCCGGGCUUCGACCCCAAAGUCUACGUCAAGGUCGGCGCUUGGCUAGAGAGGAAGGCCACGUGUAUUCCUGAAUAUGUAACCCCCUGCGUACCCUCGUAUCUGCAGGAGCUUCUCGAGAACCGCGGACUCAAUGAGCUGCUCACGACGGACGACCAGUUGAUUCGCGAGAUCAAGGAGCUGGACACCAACAUGCAGAUGCUCGUGUACGAGAACUACAACAAGUUCAUCAGCGCCACCGACACGAUCCGCAAGAUGAAGAACAAUGUGGCGAGUAUGGAGGAGGAAGUGGGUCGCGUGGUGAAGAGCAUGGACACCAUCACGGCCAAGAGCGAGAGCAUCAAUGUGGCGCUGGCCCCGCAUCGCUCCAAGGUGGAGAAGCUCAUUGGCGUACGACGGUUGCUGAAGAGAUUCGAAUUCAUCUUCGAGCUGCCGCAGAGAUUGAAUACUGCUGUGAAGCAGAAGGAGUACGCAAAUGCUACCAAGUAUUAUCUGCUUGCACGCCGAAUUCUGGGAAGAUAUGAACAUAUCUCGUCGUUCAAGACGAUUCAAAUGGAGGCCGAGAAAAUCAUGCAGCAACUUGAGCGUCUGCUGAAGAAGCGAAUGCUUGACCGAACGCUUGGGUCCGAAGAGCUGUGUGAGACGGUAGUGCUGUUGCAUCAGUUAGAUGCGUGCAGCGACGAGAUCCGAGACCAGUUUCUUGAGUGGCACCAAGCGUAUUUUGAGCGCGAGGUAGCGGUCUUUAAGGCUCGAGGCACUAGCGAUUCGGUGCUUGCUUUUCUGCGGAGAUUCAAUGAAGACGUCCUGGCGAAGAUGGCUCGAGUAUUCUCAGUAUACAAGACCCACUUCAUGCCUGAAGUCGUGGCGCGCGAGAAAUCAUCGCCAUUACGAAGAUCUUCUGAUGCUGUCCGAGACGACUUGUUCCUCAGCUUUGUGAAAGAGUUGUUCGGGCUGUAUCUGGGCGAGUGUGUUGAACAGUUCCGUCGCCCUCAUUCGGACUUCGGUUCGACGGAAGAAGUCCUCGACAUGCUGCAGGAUGACGAUCUCUCGGCAGAUAUUGUCGAUAGCGAGUAUUUUGUCUUCAUGCGUGUGAUGAAAUACUUUGUUUCGCAAGUGAAAGAUGUGGACAGAACGAUCCCGAUGUGCGGUCUCGCUGCAAACGCUACUGAAACCGUCGAGAGCUGCGUGCGGUUCCAGAUUGAUGGCGUAUUUCGGAAAUUACGCGAAGAUACUGGAGAGCUCUUUGUCACUUCGCACGAGGAUGUGUCUGGGUUGGCUCGUAGCUCACGCGAUGGUGGGCAAAGUGUUCAGCCUCUAGCGCACGAAUCCGCAAGGACGUUUACCGACAUGAUGCAGAAGGUGCUGCAGCAAAUGGAGCCCAUGGUGCAAACAGGGUUUGCGAUUCUUUCGGAGAUGAGCAGACUUUUCUCCGACUUGGUCCAGAGUCAAUUUUAUGACUUCCUGAAGUGGUUUAAUGCAUCAGUACUCCAGUAUGCGGAGCCAAAGCGCGCAUUCGCACAAACGGAUGGACAACUCGGAGCUCGGGGCGAAGAGCAAGACAACAUAGCGCUUCCGUGGCUGGAGCCCACACCCCAGUUCUUGCUGUUCCUAGCCUGUAUGUGCCAAGAUCUCUCAGCUGAAGGCAUCGGGGAGUGCGUACGCGGCCUCAUCGAGUGUCUGCCAGCACCUCUGUCUCCAUCCAAGACUCCUGCUGGUGACCCGAUUCGCAGUAAUCGCAUGCGCCAGCAGGACGUAACGCACAUGAUCGAAGUGACCCGUGAGUCUGCUGGAGAGUUGUUGCAGCACGUUGCGAAGCAAUAUGGCAACCAGUUGUGCGUUAUCGUCCACAAUGGAGUUGUUGCCACAUCAUGGGCUGAUAUGGACGAAGAGCCGAGAAGUGUGCAGGAGAUGAUGGCAGCGGUCGUGCAGUCCACCUUCCGCUUUGGCAAAGAAAUUGCACUAGCACUUGGUGAUGAACAAAGCGUGUUCAUUGGGAACAACAGCCGCACGACAAGCCGCGACUUCCGUCGGUGCGCCAGUGCGCUCCGUUCUCGAAAUGCUGGCGUUACAGCAGCAUCCUCAGGGAUGCAGCUUGAUGUGGAUCGGAUUUUCGCGCGUAAGAUCCACAUUUUCCCGUCCCAGUUAGAGCUCACUGCGGAUUCGUUUGUCCAGACGAUGCUCAAAAUGUGCAUCAAGGCCUUCAGCGAGUGGGUUCGGCAGCUAGAGUUGUCCAAGUUCGGGUUGCAGCAGAUUCAGCUGGACGCCGAGUUCCUUCGCAGCACACUCAUGCACAUUGUGGUGGCCGGGGAAGCAGAGGAGGAAGUGGAGAGCCUGCUGUCUGAUUUGCUCUCGAAUGCUCGCGGCCGUGCUGUCGAGGAUGUGUUGAUGGAUCAGAGCAACGUUGUUGCUAUCGUUAGCACCAAAAGCACUCAAGUUUUGUCUCGCCGAGGAUGA